UCUCGCGCGCGAUAUCGGACGGAAUCGAUCCUCCAACCCAACCCUUUGCGACAACUCUCGUCUACCUGGGCUGUUUCUGUAGGAGGGUGAUGCUGAUUACUACAUAACUGGGGGGAUGCAUCAUGUUUUCCGACGCAUCCGUUACUCGCCCAUACCCUCGUCCACUUUAAUCGUACCCAAGAAUUUGGCUCGGUGCACAAUGGCGACCCAGGCCGCCCGGCGAUCCUACAAUGAUGCCAUCGAUGCGCUCAAUUCCCUUCAGUCCCCGUAUGCCAUCAUAGAGGCCCGCCGCAAGGCCGGCAUCCGCCCUGAUGCCACCUCCAUCGCCGAGAUGCGCCUUUACCUCGGGCGCAUCGGGUAUUCCCCUUCGGACCUGGACCGCCUCAACAUCUUACACGUAGCGGGCACCAAGGGCAAAGGCAGCACCUGCGCUUUCGCCGCCUCCAUCCUCGCCCACUACCAGCGCGCGCAUUCCAUACCACGCAAGGUCGGCCUCUUUACGAGUCCCCAUCUGAUCGCUGUCAGGGAACGGAUUCGCAUUGACGGAGCCCCGGUCAGUGAGGAACUCUUUGCGCGAUACUUCUUUGAGGUUUGGGAUCGGUUGGGUGAGACCGAAGCUCGGGACGGGCCGAUGACGAUAGAUGAACGGCUCGGCGUGCCCACGCCUCCGCGGCCGAUUUAUGCUCGUUACUUGACACUUAUGAGCUACCAUGUCUUCCUGCAGGAAGGCGUAGACGUUGCUGUUUAUGAGACAGGCAUCGGCGGCGAGUACGAUGCGACGAAUAUAGUUGAACGGCCUCUUGCUAGCGGUAUCAGUACCCUCGGCAUCGAUCACGUAUUCGCUCUCGGUAACACCGUGGAGAAAAUUGCCUGGCACAAGGCCGGCAUCAUGAAACCGGGCAGCGCCGCCUUCACGAUCGAGCAGCUCCCCGAAGCCGCUCAAGUACUACAGGAGCGGGCCGAUGCCAAGGGAGUGCCGCUCAAGGUCUUGAAUAUCGACCCUAGGCUCUCGGGUGUCCACAUACGUCCCGAUGCAUCGUUCCAGAAGAGGAACGCGAGUCUCGGAAUCGCACUGGCCGAGACGGCGUUGCAGACUCUUGACCCCGAGUUUAAGCGGGAUGACUCAGCCCUCCCCAGGGAAUUCAUUGAUGGCCUAGAGCAGGUCGUCUGGCGUGGUCGCUGUGAAGUGAAAACUGAGGGACAAAUUGUCUGGCACAUAGACGGAGCGCAUACGGUGGAUAGUCUGAAAAUGGCUACCAAGUGGUUCGCAGACGAGUGCCGCACGAAGGCUGGGCCCAAGGCUCUCAUCUUCAAUCAACAGGGGCGCGAAGAGGCCGUACACUUUCUCGAAGGCAUGAUCACGGCGCUUAAGGCUCACGACCUGGGGGUCGAUGACGCCUUUGCACAUGUCGUCUUCUGCACAAAUGUCACGCAUGCUGAGACGGGCUACAAGCGUGAUUUUGUCAAUUACCAGUACGACCCGGAGGCCAUCAAAGCCCUUACAGCACAGCAUGGAUUUGCUGAAAAAUGGGCGGCUCUUGACCCUAAAGCCCAUAUUACUGUUGUACCCACCAUCGAGGACGCCAUAAACCACGUGCGUGGUCUAAGUGCGUCCGUAGUCGAGGGUCAGACGGUGCAGGCUCUCAUCACAGGGAGCCUGCAUCUUGUUGGGGGAGCGUUGGCUAUCUUGGAGGGUGUGGAUGCAUUGUAAGAUAAUCGGGAGGCGACCAUUCAUGAUAUCGACCCGAGAUCAUAACGAGGACGCACUUCCUCAGAUAGGCACAUACAACACGCGCACACACAUGUAUAUCUAUGCACAUCAUUCAUAUUUGGAUAGGCAGGAAGGUAAAAGAUAUAUUACGGUAGGCAGGUUCAUGCAUUCAACUUUGGUAGGAGUCGGGUAGGUAGAGGUAGACAGGAUAUAUACCCUACGAGAUCCGCAUUGGUUCAACCCCGGAUCUUCUUGCAAUUAAUAUCAUUAUUUUUAUUAGAAAA